AUGGCUCCCGAUCUCUCACAAAACAAGGCCAUCAAACUAGUCAAGCACGCUGCUGCGAACAACUACGCCAUCUGUGCCACUUGCUGUUACAAUGUUGAGGGCAUCCUAGCCUCUGUAAGAGCAGCCGAGGCCAAACGUGCUCCCUUGAUCGUUCAGCUGUUUCCUUGGGCCGUCUACUACGCAGACGGUCUCCUAGUCCAUGCUGCCCGCGAAGCCGCAGACAACGCCAGCGUGCCCAUUGCAUUACACAUGGACCAUGCGCAAACACCCGAAAUUGUAAGACGGGCGGCAAAUUUCAAAAAUGGCUUCGACGGCAUCAUGGUGGACAUGAGCCAUUAUGACGACAAUCUGGAGAAGACAAGGGAAUUGGUCGAAUACUGCAACGAGCGUGGUAUCAUUACAGAGGCUGAGCCUGGUCGGAUCGAUGGUGGGGAAGACGGUGUCGGCGAUUUGAGCGAAAUGGGCCUCGAAGCCAUACUCACCACCCCAGAACAGGCAGAAGACUUUGUUGCCACGGGCAUCAAUUGGCUUGCUCCUGCUUUUGGUAACGUUCAUGGCCAUUACGGACCAAGAGGACCCCAACUCGAUUACGAGCGUCUAAGACGUGUGCACAAGGCUGUCGGAGAUCGAGUCAAUCUAGUUUUGCACGGUGCGGGCGGAGAGUGGUUCCAGGAAAAGCUACUCAAGGAGUGCAUAAGUUGCGGUGUUUCCAAGGUCAACAUCAACGAUGCAUUCAACAAUGAUUACCUCAAUGUCAUGAAGACCGAAGCUGGCAGGACGCCGUUGACAGGCCUGAUUGAGAAGUCUACAGACGCAAUGCAAAAGAGCAUCGAGCAAUACAUUGAAUGGAUGGGAGGCGCAGGCAUGGCGGACAAAAUAUGA